GGCGGGGGAGGCGGACGGUGCAGAGGGCGGCGCGGCGGAGGUGGUGGCGAGCUGAGGUGACCCGGGUUGCCCCCCUCCCCCUGGCGUCGUGUGUGCGAGGCAGAUCCAGGCCCCCCUCCGCCAACCCGCGCCCUCCCAAGCGCAACCAGCCGCUGGGGCCCCCGCCCGCCGCGCCGCACCCCGCGGGCGCCACGUCGGCCACUGGCGGAGGCCGAGGCGGGGGCAGCGGCGGCGGCGGCGCUGAGGCGGGUGAGAUAGUUGGCGGCGACGUGAGCGACGCGAUGGUGACCCCGGCGGCGGCGGUGGCGGCGGGGCCCGGCGGGGCUGCCGAGGCGGGGGUGGCUGGCGGCGGUGAGGACUGGCUGGCUACUGCGCAGCAGCGGGCGGAUGUGGAUGUGGACGUGUUCUAAGGGGGGUGCUGCGGCAGCUGCUAGCGUACUGCCGGGCAGUCGGCCGUACAUGUACGGCGUCUGCAUUGCGCCUUCUGAGGUAGUGUGGUUUGCUGGGGACUUUGCGGAUGACGGAAGCGGUGUGUUUGGCUGUUGGAAUGUUGAGUUGGUUGGUUGGGGGCUGGACACGGUAGGUGGUCACGGGUCAGUGGGGGCCAUCCGGAGGGCUGGAUGUGGGGCGUCGUGACAGUGUGUCCAGGCAAACCAGGCGGGAUGCCGCAAAGACGUCUGCCAAUGAAACAACGAUGGAAGCUCGCUCAUGGAUACGGAGCUGGGCAUCCAUGUUCCGCAGACCCGCAUCUGCCGCGUCUCCGAUCAUCACAACGGCUGGGUCAGACGGUCUACACGGCUGCUUGCCGCCCUCACCCUCAGCCCACUGCCACAGCGACAGCCCGCAGCCUGUUGUAACGAAUGUCUGUCCACCCAACGGACGUGAAACAUGAAAGGCGGAC